GCCGCCCCUCGGCACCCCGUCCCCGCCCCCGGCCCGCGGCCCGGCCGCCCGCCCCGCCCGCUGGCCCGUGGGGCCGCCCGCCUGUCCCGCCGUCUGUCAGGUGCGAGGGGAGCGGGGCGGAGGUGUCUGACACGGCCCCCCCACGCCCCCGACGGCUAACCAAAAUGGCGAACUUCACACCAGUCAAUGGCAGCUCGGGCAACCAGUCUGUGCGCCUGGUCACAUCAACCCAUAACCGCUACGAGACAGUGGAGAUGGUAUUCAUCGCCACGGUGACAGGCUCCCUGAGCCUGGUGACGGUGGUGGGCAACAUCCUGGUGAUGCUGUCCAUCAAAGUCAACAGGCAGCUGCAGACAGUCAACAACUACUUUCUCUUCAGCCUGGCGUGCGCCGACCUCAUCAUCGGCGCGUUCUCCAUGAAUCUCUACACCGUCUAUAUCAUCAAGGGCUACUGGCCUCUGGGCGCCGUGGUCUGUGACCUGUGGCUGGCCCUGGACUACGUGGUGAGCAAUGCCUCGGUCAUGAACCUCCUCAUUAUCAGCUUUGACCGGUACUUCUGCGUCACCAAGCCUCUCACCUACCCCGCCCGGCGCACCACCAAGAUGGCAGGCCUCAUGAUCGCCGCUGCCUGGGUCCUGUCCUUCGUGCUCUGGGCACCUGCCAUCUUGUUCUGGCAGUUUGUGGUGGGCAAGCGGACAGUGCCGGACAACCAGUGCUUCAUCCAGUUCCUGUCCAACCCGGCGGUGACCUUCGGCACGGCCAUCGCUGCCUUCUAUCUGCCCGUGGUCAUCAUGACCGUUCUCUAUAUUCACAUCUCCCUGGCCAGUCGCAGCCGAGUUCACAAGCACCGGUCCGAGGGCCCCAAGGAGAAGAAAGCCAAGACGCUGGCCUUCCUCAAGAGCCCCCUGAUGAAGCAGAGCGUCAAGAAACCCCCACCAGGGGAAGCCACUCGGGAGGGGCUGCGCAACGGGAAGCUAGAGGAGGCCCCUCCGCCGGUCCUGCCACCACCGCCACGUCCAAUGGCUGACAAGGACACUUCCAAUGAGUCCAGCUCGGGCAGUGCCACCCAGAACACCAAGGAACGACCACCCACCGAGCUGUCCACCACAGAGGCCACCACGCCUGCCACGCCCGCCCCUUGCCUACAGCCACGGGCCCUCAACCCUGCCUCCAAAUGGUCCAAGAUCCAGAUUGUGACGAAGCAGACAGGCAACGAGUGUGUGACAGCCAUCGAGAUUGUGCCUGCCACGCCAGCUGGCAUGCGUCCGGCAGCCAACGUGGCCCGCAAAUUUGCCAGCAUCGCCCGCAACCAGGUGCGCAAGAAGCGGCAGAUGGCGGCCCGGGAGCGCAAGGUGACGCGGACCAUCUUUGCCAUUCUGCUGGCCUUCAUCCUCACCUGGACGCCCUACAACGUCAUGGUCCUGGUGAACACCUUCUGCCAGAGCUGCAUCCCUGACACGGUGUGGUCCAUAGGCUACUGGCUCUGCUAUGUCAACAGCACCAUCAACCCUGCCUGCUACGCCCUCUGCAACGCGACCUUUAAAAAGACAUUCAGGCACCUGCUGCUAUGCCAGUAUCGGAACAUCGGCACUGCCAGGUAGGCAGGCAGGGGUGCCGCAGGAGGUGCUCGUGGUCGCAUGUGUGCACUGGGGGACCACACAGGCCAGCUGCUGUGGGGCAGAGAUUUGCAGGCACCUCUCCAUGUUCUUGUUCACUGAAGAGGAGAACUGAGGUCCCCAAGACCCUGCGAGCUCAGGAAAAGGCUCUGGCUGGAAUCGGAGAGACCAGAUCUCUGCUCAGGCCGGGGAGGGUCAGCCCCAGGAAGCGUCUGCACCAGGACUGCCUGGUCCCCUCUGUUGCCCUGCCUCAGGGAGCUGGGGGCACUGGUCUACGUGGGCUCCUGCCCCCUGUGACCAACCAGCGUGGCUGAGACAAUGGACAAUGGAGCCCGAAGCUCAGGCUCCCCUCGGGAGGAGGGAAGGCGCCUGUGCUUGGGAAAGGAGGCUGCGAGGGCAGUGGAAGGGUGGGGCCCUCCAUUCUGCUGUAAUUGGUGCUUGGUCCCCCCUGCACCCCGCAUGUAGGCUCAGCCCCCUUGUCCCAAAUCCCACUCCAGGGCAGAAAUCCCCCACUUGCUGCAGCUACUCAGCCAGGUUCUGGUUGGGCGGGUGGGCUUGCUGGAGGCCAGGCAGAGAGGGUUCUGAGGUACGCCCCCCACACCCGGCAGGUCAUACUCGGAUGGGCCAGCUAGGAGCAAAGAGAUUCACACUUAGGACGAGAUUCACACUUAGGACCGUGGUCCCAAGCUGAGGGGGAAUAAUUCACCUUAUUCUGAAGAGCCCUCCCCUGUCCCCAAGGGGGUCACACAGACGGAAGGUGGCGCUGCGGUGGGCAGUGUUCCCCGCUGGGCUCUGCAGAGUGUGAGCGAGGCCUGGGUCACCAGAUGAGAAUAGGGGUGGACUUGACCCAGUGACAGGGCGGUGGCGGCCCUUAGAGCGGCCCCAUCUCUACUCUCCCAGUGGCUGGAACCUUGCUGAUUGGCAGCGGGCUAGACGGAAAGCCCUUUGCCUGAGGGGGGAAUGUCAGUUCUAGAACCUUCUGGGUCCUCUCCCUCAGCCCUGCUGUGGCCCCUGGAGGACCCAGAAAGGCUUAGGGGACCUGAUGGGGGGGUACUCUUUCACGGGUCAGUAAGGGGCUCUGGAAGAGAUUUUCGUAACCAUUCUGCUUUUUCCAUGAGCGCCAGGGAGCACUGGCGGCCAAGCCCCACCGCCCUGAACGCCCGACCCUCAGCCUUCUUUUUCUUCCACACUCUCCCACCCCCAACAAGUCACAACGGCAAACUCUCUGG